AAUAUUGGUGAUGUCUAUGAAGCUGAAAUUGCUAACAUGACUGGAGCACCAUCUCUGAGAACUUUCAGAGGGUGGGUCAAUCAAGGAGGGAGAUAUGUGCUCAUUGCAGGAGGAGGAAGUAUAUAUGCACUUGUCCUUAUAGCAGGCCUAGACCUACACUGGUGUAUAGUGAAGGCUAAUACACAGGUUUCUUGGAAUUUGGGGAAAAUGUUACAAAAUCCUGAUAGUGCCAAUGUUGAUGUUGCAAAGCUUAUAACCUCGCGUAUCAUUCCUACAAUAACUCUACUUCACAAAAGUCUUCCGCUUGCUCUCAACAGCAUAGACUGCACUAAUCUCAAGAGUUCUGAUAGUUUUUUUGAUAAGAUCAAAUUCAGCAACUGGAAACUAUCCUCUCGGAAUCAUUCAGCAUGGAAACCUUGUCUUAAUGUGGUCCAUGACAAUCCACUACUUAUCUCUUUCUUAGAGCACCAAUUUCUCUCAGACUCUUUGAAUAGAGGCAUGACGAUCCCUCCCUUGGACUCAUCCUCCGGUGAAUCAUCUGCUUCUUCAGUCACUAAUCAAGCAUCAUCUCAGCAACUUUCAGCAAAAGUAAUCUACACCAAUUAUGAUCGCAACUUGCCACAAAAUCGCUGCUUCAUGAGCCUUAAUCAUGAUGAAAAUGUUGCAGCGACUGCACAUGAGAGAAAACUAGCUAGUGCUGGUCAUUUAAUCACAGAUUUGGCCAUGCUUGAGUCUAAGCUGCAAGUCUUCUACCCAGAAGGAUACAAACUGCCUAGACAAUAUCUACGUAUUUCUAUGUCUGCACUUGUUGAUGGCACUGUCGACAUAUGCAAUAAGGAUGGCUCUCUUAUGGCAUUCAUUUGUAGUGCGAUGCCUGCGAAUAUGAGGGAGACUUUGCAUGAGAACCUCAUAGCAUGCUUUGAUGGCAUCCCUAGCCUCACAUAUUAUACACCAGCUGAUCAUGGCCAAGCAUUUACUUGUGCUCAUUUCUCUUGGUAUAAUCGAUAUGCUACACAAGGUGAAGGAGCACCUUCUGAAGUGCACCCUCACAAUCUACACAUUCAGAACACCAGUCACACAAAUUUCUCUCAAAUGAUUCCAUACCCCUCAAACGACAUGGAGGAUUUUGGACAGCUUUUCGCUAACUUGGUCACCGCCUUUCAAGACGUUUUUGAGUGGAUUGAGACUAUAUUUCAGACACAUCUACCAGAAGAAUACAAAGUUUUAAUUGAGAUCAUUGAUUUGUUGCCAGGAAGUCCUGGUUCACCAGUGGCUCCUUUUGUAUCUCUGGUUGUGAACAUUAAUGUUUGCACUUUGUCCCAC